AUGAUGAAGACAUACACUCUCAAUUUUGCAAAUCCACUCACAAAGUCUCGCACAGUGACAUUUUCGAGUUAUCCUGGAUCAUUAGGCAGUAAUGAUGACUAUUAUCAAACUGAUGGUGGUCUUGUUGUUAUCGAGACAACCAUUGGCAUUUUGAAUAAUACUCUCUACGAUAAUACUCAUCCUCAAUCAUUGUUGAGUUGGUUUAGAGUUGUCUUGGCCAAUAGAAUGGCUACAAGUGGCAGAGAAUGGUUUGAAGUUUUUAGUAUUAAUAAUGGAGGAACCUAUAAUAAUGAGUGGAUGAUUCUCGAUGUGAAAAAGUUUAUUCCUGGUCAAGCUCAAUUGACAAAGGAUUUAUUCUGGGUAAUUGAACAAAUACCUGGAACAGUGGUGGGAUCAGAUCAAACAAAUCUUCUCUCCACUCGCGGAUACUUUGCAUCUUAUAAUGUUCCUUUCUAUCCUUCCAUUUAUGAAAAAACUGGAUAUGCAGAAUAUGUGAAGAAAUUUCCAGAGACUUAUCAUUAUAUGAGUUAUGAUAAGUGUGCCAGAUCUGAAAUAUUCAGAAGAGAUCAACAUUUAGUCAAAGAUCUGCCAUCCAUGCAACGAAUUAUGCAAUAUGAUAAUUAUCAUGAUGAAUUUUCAUUCGGAAAUCCUGACUGGGUAAUCUCAGCAAGAGACGAUUUAGCUCCAAAUGUUCCAAAUGGACAAAAGAGUUGUGGAGGUGGAUAUGACUGUAAAAUAUCAUCUAUUUCUAAAUGGAAUUUUGUAUUUUUCAGAAGUGGACCAGCUCACCAAUUUACACCUGUUUUCAAGUUUGAGAAUCAAUGUGGACCUCAAUACUCACAUGUUGGAUUGCCUUUGGAGUGGAACUUCCCUUGGAUUCAAUUGGAUAGCAGAGUUUAA